GAGAGAGAGGGGGAGACAGAGGUGACAUCGCUGUCUGCCGUUAUUUGUGGGAGAAUCGAUUCUGGCGUAAGAUGAACGGAAGAGAGAUGAUAUUGCUUGUGAUGCUCUGCGCUUCCUGUUCUUCUCCAUCACUCCUCUUUACGCUUCCCAGGCCGUGCGGCGACUGAAGCCCCCGCAAAUAUUCCCGUCAACAGGAGGAAUUCCACACAGAUCCGAGCCGUCCUGGACCUCUGCUGGCAAACAUCCGCGGCAGCGAGCCCCAGCUGUGGCCGGUGGGCAUGGUUUUGGAGGGUAGCUCAGAGGCGUUGUGUCCCCCCCCAUCUCUGGAGCUGCGCCCAUCCUGCAACAAGAGCCAGCCCUCGCCUCCUUUGGGCUCAAGCUCACAACCCCACGAUGGAGUCUUUCCUGAGGACAAGGAGCCUGUAAAGUAUGGGGAGCUCGUCGUAUUGGGGCACAACGGGUCACUGGCCAAUGGGGACAAAGGUCGCAGAAGAAGUCGUCUGGCUCUUUACAAGAGACCCAAAGCCAACGGGGUCAAACCUGAUGUUAUCCACAAUGUCUCAACUCCUUUGGUGUCAAAGGCACUCAGCAACAAAAGCCAGCACAGCAUCUCCUACACACUGUCACGGAGCCACUCUGUAAUUGUGGAGUACACCCAUGACACCAACACAGAUAUGUUUCAGAUUGGCCGGUCCACAGAAAGCAUGAUUGAUUUUGUGGUGACAGACACAGCAGGCAGCAGUGGUCAAGUCGGGGGUGCGGUGGGGGAAGGCGGAGGCCAAUCAGUCCAGAGCACCAUCUCACGAUACGCCUGCCGCAUCAUGUGUGAGCGCAGCGCUCCCUACACCGCUCGCAUCUACGCCGCUGGCUUUGACUCUUCCAAGAACAUCUUCCUGGGGGAGCGGGCUGCCAAAUGGAGAACAUCAGAUGGCCUGAUGGAUGGUCUGACUACCAACGGUGUGCUGGUCAUGCACCCAGCGGGCGAGUUUGUGUCUGAGCCGGCUCCUGGGGUCUGGAGAGAAAUCUCAGUCUGUGGCAAUGUCUUUGCGCUGAGGGAGACACGCUCAGCCCAGCAGAGAGGAAAACUGGUUGAAAAUGAGUCAAACACCCUCCAGGAUGGUUCACUGAUUGAUCUGUGUGGAGCAACCUUGCUGUGGAGGACCCCCACCGGAUUGCGGCAUACUCCUACUCUCAAACAGCUGGAGUGCCUUCGACAGGAGCUGAACGCUGCGAGGCCUCAGUGUCCUGUGGGCUUCAACACGCUGGCCUUCCCCAGCCUGGCCCAGCGCGAGAUUGUCGACAAGAAGCAACCCUGGGUUUAUGUCAACUGCGGUCACGUACACGGCUACCACAACUGGGGCUACCGGAAAGAAAAAGGGCCCCCCGGCCCCGGAGGCACAGCACCUGCCGGCACAGGUGAGAGGGAGUGCCCUAUGUGUCGAAGAGUAGGCCCCUACGUGCCGUUGUGGUUGGGCUGCGAGGGUGGAUUGUACCUGGACGCUGGGCCACCCACUCAUGCUUUCUGCCCCUGUGGUCACGUUUGCUCAGAAAAGACAGUAGCAGGAUGGAGCCAAAUCCCAUUGCCCCACGGCACUCAUGCCUUUCAUGCUGCCUGCCCUUUCUGUGGUACCUGGUUGACAGGAGAGCAGGGCCACAUCAAACUCAUCUUCCAGGGGCCCGUUGAUUGAAGCUGAGAGAGUGCGGGCAGAUUGACUAAGGACCUGCUGACUAAAGACUGUGUGUGCUGACAUGAUAAGCUGAAAGCAACUUGCAAUAGUACAUACCAAGGCUUCACAUGGAAUAUGAAGUGUAUGGAGAGUAUGUAAAAUAAAUUGUGUUGAA